AUGUUUAUAGGCAAACGAAGGGGAGCUCAACCCCCCAAGAAACCAAAAGAACCAUCUGAAUCACCCCCAAUUACUCUGUCUUCAACUCCAUCAUCAUCAGAUCAUUCAACUGCUAGAGGAGAAGGGGGUGGUACUACUGAUAAGGUACUUCAAAGUACUCCACCGGAAUAUAAACGAACAUUUCGUUCUAAAUCAAAACUGCCAUGGAAAGAAAAGGACAGGAAGAGUAACAGUAAGGACAGGAACACUAACAGUAAGGACAGGAACACUAACAGUAAGGACAACAAUGGUAAUACCAAGAAGAAGACAUAUACUCCUCCUCAUCGAUUGAAACAAAAACAGAUUAAAGAGUCUCCAGGUAAGAGUGAAGAAGAAUUGUCAAUACUUGCAAAACGACAAGCUAGAUUCGCAACUCCUCCAACUCCUAGCAAACAUGAACAUGGAUUCGUUAGUCGAGGUGAAAGCUAUUUACAGAAUAAUGAAGAGGCACAGCAAGAAUUAUUUUCAGAAAUUAUAGCCGAUUUUAUAAAUUAUUGUAAUCUGAAUUCAACCAGUGUUCUCCAAAAGGAAUUCAAUAAAGUUGUUACUGAAAAUGAUAUGAAGAGUGCUGAAUCAGUGGAGAAAGAUACAACAACUCCACAAAAGAUAACAAUAGAUUCUAUCCUAUUACAAACACGAAAACUACGAGAAGCAUUAUUAUAUUCUACUCCGAAUGAAUUUUGUAAACGAGUGUUUUUCUUUUCAUUACGAAUAGCAGCAAUUGUGGGGGAUUUUCGAACAUAUAUCCCCAGUAUAUUAUAUCUAUUAGAGAACAGGGAAGAACUUCAAUUAUCAACCGAUGAAAUUGAAGAAGUGGCCACAUUAUUAAUCCUACAUCAUAUUCAUAAGACCGAAGAGAUUUCCAAAGCCGUACGAUUAUAUUUUGAAUAUAUACCCAAGAAAUCGAUGAUAUUUGAUAUGAUACGAUCUUGGAUUGAUGACGAUUGGUAUCGAUGGUUCAGGAUCUAUGAAUUACAACUGGAUAGUUCUAUGACUUCUAUGAUGGCAAUGGGAUUAACUAGAAUGAUUAAAUUGUUUAUAGAUCAGUUUAAUCAAACAUAUUAUACAAUUGCUAAACUGGAAUUGGAGAGAUUAUUACCACUGGGAAUUAAGGUUGAUGAUUUGAUAGAGAAAUAUGGUGCUGACUGGAAAUUAAAAGAUGAUAUGGUGAUAAUUAGAGAACGACGUGCUAUAAGAAGUCAGUGA